AUGGCGCUGCCCACCCUGGAAACAAUUAAGGGCAUGAAGGUCGCUGAGCUUAAGAAGGAAUUGGAGAAGCUCGAUUUGCCUGUGAAGGGGCUGAAAGCAGACUUAAUGCAGCGACUCAUGCAGCACGUCGAGAAGGCAGCCGCCGCCGAGGAAGGGGGCAGUGACGACGUUGAUGGCUUAAACGACAAACCGGAGCCCCAAGACGAGACUUUGAAGCCUUCUGUGAAGGCUAUUGUCGAGGAGGAAUUGGUAGGCACUGCAUCGAAAGGUCCGUCUGGAUCCUCGCGCGAGAAGGAGCAGGAAGGGGAGGUAAUGGCGGAGGCUGCCCCGUCUGCCGUCCACCCAAGUCCCAGCCCCGCCCCGGCCAACCCCUCGGAGCUCGAGCACAAUCCCGAUCGAGGAAUAGAGAAGGAGAAACCUUCCCAUCUGACCUCGCCAGCCGAGGCCUCGGCGGCGCCACAAGCCGCUGAGCCUUCUGAGAUCGGGAGCUCCCUGCGGCAGGUUGCGGAUGCCCUGCCCUCUUCUCCCUCCUCGGCCACUGUGCCGAGCGAGUCAGCCCAGUCGUCUGACAUGGCGGCGGCAGUGACCCAGAAGGGACGCGCUUCACCUGCCCCGAUUGAUGCUGAGGUGAAGAAAGGCACAGGUCCGAGUGAGACCGCCCUCCUGGCCAGGGAGGAGUCUCUGUCCGGCGCUGAUGCCCCUGAGCCCGCCGCCGCCCUUGUGCCAGCCCCAAAGAAUCCGAGAAGCGCCACCAUCCGCGUGGACGGCUUCAUCCGUCCCUUCCGCCUGGUGGCGGCCAAGGAGAUGCUGGAGGAGCGGGGAGGGGGCCCUCUUGUUGGAGAGGAUGGCAUGUGGAUGGAUGUGAUCAAGACGCACUGUUACGCCACCUUCCAGUCGGAGGAGUGCGCGGCGCGAGCACGGAUUGCAUUGCACAAGUACCAGUGGCCGGAGCGGGGGGGCGUCCUGACCGCCGAUUUCUCGCCCAAGACCGCGGCCCAGGUUACGGAGGAGGACAAGCUCCUCAAGAAGGCGCGCGCGGCCUCCAGGCUCCAGGAAGGAGGGGACAAGACAGGCGGGGCGAGGCCGGGGGAGCCUCUGGCGGCCACGCCC